AAUGAUCGUGAAAUGAAAGAAAAACAUGCGGAAUCAAAAAUUGAUCGUAAUUUUGUUUCUCAAUACACGAACGGUGAAAAAGAUAAUGAUCAUGAAACGGAAGUUAAUAUACAAAAUCAUAAGGAAUCAAAAAUUGAUCGUAUUUUUGUUUCUCAAUACACGAAUGAUUAUAUUGUUACUUAUAGUAAAAAAGAUAAUUCAAUUGUUGGAUGGUCGAUUAAGGGACAACCGCAACCCGAUGAAUUUUAUAAGCUUGAUGAACUUAAGCUUAAUAAACUUAACGAGCCAUCAUACGAAAUAAAGUCAUUUUCACUUUAUAAGAAAAAAUUGUCAUUGUGUUAUCGUGAAGAAGAUGGAAGUUAUAAGCAAUGUCUUAUAGAUUUAAAAAGUAAACAAUUUUACGAACUAGAGCAUUCCUAUUCCAUUGAUGUUCAUGGACAAUAUAGUAUAGGAUUCCUUCAUGAUGAUGAUGAUGAUGAUUGUCCGAAGUGUAAGAAGGAGACUCAUGGUCAUUUAAUUCUAGUAUCAUUAUAUGAUCACAAAAUUUACAAGUACUGUCUAAAAGAUAUGCCAAAAAAUGCAACAACUUUGAAAUAUUCGGAAAUUUAUGAUAUAAAGAUUCCCGAAAGUUUAAAUGAUCAGUUUAAAUAUAAAUUUUGUUCUAUAUAUCAAAAAAAGUUAUUUCUAUUUUUUCAAUAUCAUAAAACAUCAAUACUUCAAUUUGAUCUAUUGACAAUGAAUUUAGAUAGACAAUACAAUUCACCUUUAGAUUUGGAUAGUCAAUACAGUUCAGAUUCUCGUUAUGAAUUUACAACAGUAAUAAUGAAUAAAGACAAGACAUUAUUAGCGACAGAAAUUUCAUAUAGUACUUACAUAUUUUCAAUGAAAAAUGGAAGAUUGAUUACAAAAUAUUCUCAAGGCGGUCUUUUUAGUGUCGGUAGUACUCCAAUAGAAUUCGUAACUUUAAAAAAUGGUUUUGAAGGAUUAAUUGUUCAUAGUGUAUAUUAUGGUAUGCUUAGUCAAUAUGUAUUUAUAGAUCCUUAUCACCCUUAUAGAAAUUUUGGAGAUCCUGGAAAAAAUAAUAUUAUCAAUGGUACCAUUGAUGAUAAUAAUGUGAUAACUAAAUUAAACAGAAAACUUUCCAUUGAUGACGAUGGUAAUGUUUGCAUCAAAAAUGGGUUAGAUGAAAGUGAAUUCCAACAAAUUUCAAACAAUACUACUUAUCAUAAGAUUUAUAAUUCAUCUACUUUUAAAGAAAUACAAAGUAUGCUUAAUGAAACCGUUGAAAAAAUGGAAAAAAUGGAGAUUAAUAGGGUUGCACCAGCUGAUAUAGAAUUUGAAGAUGGGCAUAUUAUUUUUAAAAAAGAGGAUGAGUGUGAUUCAAUUCACUUUGUGAUGAACACCCCUAUAGUACCUAAUAAUAUAGUACCUUUUGUCAAACCUUAUACAUUUUCAUAUAAAUUAAUAAAUAAUAAACAGGAUUUGGUACUAAUUAAUGUGGAACAAAUCGAAAUUUUUACAAGAUCGAUUAAUGGAAUUACUUGUCAAUACCAAUGGAACAAUGAUGAAUGGAAAAAUACUUAUAAAAAAUUCAGAAGUAAAAAUCGUCGUUACGAUAAAAAUUUUAUUAAUGAGCACUAUAGAAAACUUAUUAACAAAAUUUUAAAGAAUGAAUUUAAUGAUUCAAAUUCUUCAAUACCAUUACCAAAAUUUUCUUCUGAAGUACAUGAAAUACUUAAUAACAAUCCAUUAGUUGAGAAUAUUAAAAAUGAUACGGAAGCAUUGUCAAAAUUUAGAAAGGAUAUGUUAGAUAACAAAAUUAAUUAUCAACAAAUGAAGGCAAUAACUACAAGUAUUGUAGAUGAUAAAGAAUUAUUUUCAAAAUUUGGGUCAGAAAUUUUAAAGAUGGCAAUUGAAAAUAAUUAUAAUGAUAUUGUUAAAAAAGUUAUUGACAAAAUUAUUGAAUCAAUUCAAGUUAAUUCAGAAAAUCGUGGUUACAUGGAAUUGGCGAACCCUUCUCAAACUAAUUGCAGUUAUAUGAUGACAUUGUUACCUUUUAUUAGUUCAAAUUUUCUAGAAUUAUCUAAGAAAUAUCCUGAUUUCGCAAUCAAAUAUAUCUCAUACACAUCCAUUAUAUUAUCUCCUUAUUGUGAUUUCAUUAGAAAUUCAACAAAUACUUCACUUCAUUCAUAUUCGAAUGUUUACAUCAAAAAAUCAAAUCCGGUUAAUAAUUAUUUUAAGCCGAUAUCAUCGUUAUGGACCAGAUCCAAGACCGAUCAGUCAUCAACCAGCCAGCAAGAAGUAGUCCAAACAAUCAGUUUUAUUGUUCCUUUUCCUCGAAUUUGUGUAUAUAAAAAUCAAAAAAAUAAUGGUAGCAAAAAAAAUGAUCGAAAUAAUAAUCAUCAUGAGACUGAAAAAACUGAAAAUAUCGAAAAAAUUAAUCACGAGACUGAAAAUAAUGUUCCUCAUGACGAUCAUCCAUUUAAUAUUUGGAAUGAGUUUUUAUAUAAUCCAAAAUCUCUUCUCUUUUGUAAUAUUGAUAGUAACCAUUUUUAUAAUUGGUGGAAUUUUGCCGCAAUUAUAGAUUUUAAAUGGAGAACUUUUGGACGGAUUUAUUAUUUUUUGAUUUGGUUUCUCUAUAUAGUUUAUUAUAUUUGUUAUACAUUAGCUUCUAUAUUAGAACCAAAUUUUAUCACCGAUGUUCAACGUAAAUCGCUUUUUAUAAUUUCAAUUAUAUUUGGCUCCAUAUUUUUAAUUUUUGAAAUUUUACAAUGUCUAUGGGAUUAUAAAAUUUAUUUUAAAGAUCCUUGGAAUUAUUUUGAUGUCGGGGCAUAUUCUUUACCAAUUGCUGCAUCCAUUUGUUGGAUUAUUAAUAAAAGUCAAUCCCCUUGGCUUGUAGCAAUAUCUAUUAUAUUAUCAAAUUUUAGAUUUUUAUUAUUUUUUAGAGUAUUUAAAUCGUGUGGAAUUUAUUUUGCCAUAAUAUUGGGUGUUGCCAAAACAGUUUAUCCAUUCUUAGUGGUCUUAGCUUUUAUAAUACUCGGAUACGCUCAAGCAUUUCUUUUUAUUCUAAGAUCAACCAAUGUUAAUGAUGCUAAUGAUCCGUGGAAUCUUGUAACUAGAUAUUAUUUUGCUAAUUCAAAUGAAAUUAUAAAUAAUACAACAACAUUAGUUCAACUCCCUAAUUCAAAUACAAAUUUGUUUAAUUGGUUCCCUACUUCACUGUUUGCCGUAUAUAAAAUUAUCACUGGUGAUUCUGGAUCUUUAUCACCAUGGGCUUUUCAAGAUAAUCCCUUAAUGACUUUUUUACUAUUUACCUUUACAUUUUUCACAGUAAUUUAUCUUUUGAAUUUAUUUAUCGGAUUGCUCAAUAUAGCGAUUGGAGAUUAUAAUAAAGAAGAGGAAUUUUUACUUCAAAAAGCACAGAUUAUUGAAUUAUUUUACAUGUUUCCAUGGUGGAAACAUGACAAAGAAUGGUUUCCGGAAUGGAUUUAUCAGUACAGACUUAAGAAAUUUGGUAGCACUUGUUGAUGAAAUUAAGGAAGAACAAAAAAACAAAUUUAUCAAACAACUUAUAAAUGAACUUCAGAUAAAUCAGAAAAUACAGUUCUUGCAAACGAGAAUAGAAAACCUGCAAAUAAGUUUACAAGAUCAGCAAGUUUGUGCACAAAUAAGUCAGGAACUGGAUGCACUGAGACAGCUAUUAAUAUAUACACAAAAUCAGCAAACGGACGCACAAGAUCAGCAAACGAAUGUGCGAAUGCGUCUAUUUUUUCUGGAACUGAACAAAUUAGAUCAGCAAAUGAAGCAAAUAGAUUUACUAUUUAAGCAAAUGAAUUCGCAAAUAAACCCGCAAAUAAACCCGCAAAUAAACCCGCAAAUG